AUGCGAUUCCGUCUGUUACUCUGUGCUGUCUUCUUCUUCUUAACUCUCUUACCUCCAGUAAGAAGCGGUAUGGCUGCUGCUGAAGGCCACUGUAUGAAUCUCUCAGGCAUCUGCCGAAGAACCACCUGCAAACUAACGGAAGAUGAAAUUGGAGGCUGCCGAAGAAGAUGGAAAUGCUGUCGGCCAUGGUGGAUUCUACUCCCUGUUCCAACACCUGUUAUCUUUUCAGAUUAUCAGGAACCAGUUAAGCCUAGAAUAAAAUGA